GAGAAACGCACUGACACUGUACGCCAGUUCUAGAGAGAGAAAAAACUUCCUUAGAGAGAGAGAGAGCGUGCAGAUCUGAUCGAGAAAGAAAAGAAACGAAGAAGGUGACCCAGCUCGAAACCCUAGCGGUCUUGUAAGCCCUAACUUUCUCUGUCUGUGAUAAUCGUAAUAUAUAUAUUUUGAUAUAUAUAUAUCUGUGUCGUUUGUAUUCUUUAGUUUUAUCGGUGUUUUCGGGUUCGAUCGAAGGAGGCUUCUGUAAACCCUAGGAUUUCUUUGUGUUCGUGGUAGAAGCCAAAUUAGGGGUUUUGUUUUUUUGGGGUUUUUUGUUUUGUUUUGUUUUAGGGGAUAAGGACUAAAACCCUAUACCGGACCGGUUUAAAUCUCUGAUAGUUUUUUGGGGGAAAGAAGAAAAAUUGAAAUUAGGGUUUCGGAGGGGUACAUGUAUGGCUUCAGGGCCUACAGUUGAAGGAGGCGAUGGAGCUAGAGAGACGCAGAGGUAUACAGAGAGCAAGGUGUAUAGAAGAAAAUCAUUCAAGGGCCUUAAGAAGAACAUUAUCACUGGGAUUAACAACACCGCCAUCGCCAGCACCAACGACAAUGAUAACGCCAAGGCCAAGGGCGAUACCAAUACCACAACCACCGUGUUAGUCCCAGAACCAGAAUCAGGUACUACCACCGCCACAGCCGACAAUGUUAUCAAGGAUAACGACAACAACAAUAAAAGCAACGACGGGAACGAGGACGGGAACAAAAACACCAAUGAUAACGAUAACGAGGGCAAGAAAGACAACGAGGGCGAGACGGACAACGAGAGCAAGAAGGAUAACGAGGGCAAGACCGACAACGAGUGCAAUAACAACGAGAAUUCGACUCAACCACCGCCACAGGCUUUGGAGUUGGAAGAUGGGAAUUUGUCACAACACCUCCUUUCGAGAUUAGAUGCCGUCUCUGAUGAUUCGUCGAGCUUGAACCGACAACCUGUGGUUACAGACGUCAUUCCAAACUCUAGGGAUCCGCCUGGAGGGAAUGGCCCGGUUAAGGAAGGUUUGGAGAGCCGUGUUACAGUCAGUUUGGCAUCACAGUCGAAACAGGGGGCAGAUGAGAUUCGGAGAAAGCUUGAGAGCGAGCUCGAAACGGUACGGAAUUGGGUGAAAAAGAUAGAACAGAAACAAGGGCAGAUUAGUGGAUAUACUCAUUUGCAUGUGUCGGCAAAUGAACGUGUCAGCAAUGGUGGAGCAAAACGGUCUCAUUCGGAGGUGGCUUCUGUUGGUGUUACUCGCGAGGCUAUUCGACCUUUGCACCAGUUGAAUAUAUCAGUGUUGGAGAAUAAUCAAGGCGUGAAUGAUAUUGUGGAAAAAGAGAAGAGGACGCCCAAGGCGAAUCAGUUUUAUCGCAAUUCUGAAUUCUUACUAGCUAAGGAUAAAUUUCCGCCAGCAGAGAGUAACAAAAAGUCAAAAUUGAAUGGGAAGAAGCAAGGUGGAGAUUUGGGAAAUGGGUUUGGGAUGGGAACUAAAUUUUUCAAAAGCUGCACCUCAUUGCUUGAUAAAUUGAUGAAGCACAAGCAUGGUUGGGUGUUUAAUGAACCUGUUGAUGUAGCGGGUCUUGGUUUGCACGACUACCAUACCAUUAUCAAGCAACCAAUGGACUUGGGUACUAUUAAAUCGAGGUUGAGCAAGAACUGGUACAAGUCACCAAAAGAAUUUGCCGAGGACGUGAGACUUACAUUUCGAAAUGCUAUGACUUAUAAUCCACCAGGCCAGGAUGUUCAUAUCAUGGCCGAUCAGUUAUCAAAGAUUUUUGAGGAGAGGUGGAUGAUAAUAGAGUCCGAUUACAAUCGAGAGAUGAGGUUUGGGUUCGAUUAUGGUGUGGGCCUUCCGACACCUACACCUAGAAAGGUUCCACCUUCAUUACCUUCUCCUCUUGAUAUGAGAAGGAUUUUAGAUAGGUCAGAAUCAAUGACACACUAUGGUGAUCCCAGACCAAAGCCUAUGAGUAUCACUCCAACUGCUAGGACACCUGCUUUAAAGAAGCCCAAGGCAAAAGAUCCCCACAAAAGGGAUAUGACUUAUGAUGAAAAGCAGAAAUUAAGCACAAAUCUUCAAAGCCUACCUUCAGAAAAGCUAGAUGCCAUUGUACAGAUUAUUAAGAAGAGGAAUUCAUCACUUUUCCAAGAUGAUGAUGAAAUUGAAGUGGACAUUGAUAGCGUUGAUGCUGAGACACUCUGGGAGCUUGAUAGGUUUGUGACUAACUACAAGAAGAGUUUGAGCAAAAAUAAGCGGAAAGCUGAGCUUGCCAGCCAAGCUAGAGCAGAAGCUAUGCAGAAUGUCCAGCUGAAGUCCCAGGUUCAAAUUGUGGCAGAGGUGCCAAAAGAAAACAAGACAGAUGAAAACAUUGUUUCCUCUUCACCACCAGCUCAAGGGGAUAAUCAGGGGGAUAAUAGGAGUAGAUCAAGUAGUUCUAGCAGCUCUAGCAGUUCUGGAUCGUCCUCUAGUGAUUCUGAUAGCGAAAGUUCAUCUGCAUCUGGAUCAGAUGCAGGGUCACCAAGAACUUGAUUUGUUUGGUAAUUAGAUUAAGAUAAGAUAUUGGAGGUAGAUGAUGAUUUGCAUUGUGGAGUUAGUAAGGGGUUAGAGAGACUUGGUUUUGAAUCUGCAAUUGGCGAAUUGUCAAAACCGGAAAGCUCUGUGCCCCGCCGGAAAGUGUAGAUGUGUUUCGUCUGUUUCUGGCAGUUGGCUUUGAAGGGUCUGGGCCGAGGAAAAGUAGAGUAGUGCUCUCCAAUGUCGUCAACUUGUGGCUCCAUUUCUUUUGUCACAGAUUUGUAUAAUAUUUGGUAGAAAGAAUGUUGUGAUAAUUAGAUAUAGUUUGCAUAGCACGUGUACAUUGCUAACUACGUCAAUUGUCUUGUUAUUGUGGCAGAUUCAGGAUUCUUUGGUGUUGUUUAGGAGAUAAGUCUGUAAUUCAAGUUAAAUUAAGUCAUAAUUUUUUUUUGCA